AUGCAGCGACCAAGCGGUCAGGGGGAUAUCAUUAUUAGUGGAGGAUUCUCGCGCGCAGCAGGCCACGGUGCAAGCAUGAUUGGCGUAUAGGAUGAUGCCCUCUUGGACCCCCUAGCCGCUAUUCAUCUCAAUGGAAUGCUUUCGUUUAUAUUCGGGCCCUUUUAGGGCAGGGAAACGAUAUCGAAGGACGGGAGAACUGUAAAAACAUGGUCGGGAGUGAUGAGUGCCACGGGGGAUCUACUCCCAUUUGUUGGCCGGCUGGAUCCUUCAUUAACAGGCCGCUACCCAGACCUGCGGAGCAACAAGGCCCUGAACGAUGGUUAUAAACAGCCCAACGAGUGGAUUUCGGCCGGUUUCGGCGGUGACGGCCUAAUGUGGACGUGGCUUUCUGGUAUCGCAGUAGGGGUCAUGCUCGCGGGUAGCGAGGACUUGGACGUGGGACGGGAGUUGGGAAGGCCCGGGGGGGUUCUAGCAGGAUGGUUUCCGGACGAGUUAAAACCGACAACCAAGAGGCUUAAAGACUCGGAUUUCGGCAACAUUGCCAUUCGCUUCAUCUGGUCAAUACUAACGGACCGGGAGCCUACAAAACCUAGUGACCGCAGCCCCUACACAGACCGUAUCUAUGAAGCGAGCGCUAACGAUUUACUACUAUGACCGAGGGGAGAAGAGUAGUUGCCCCUUCGAAGAAGACAGCGGUAGGUCUCUACGUAUAGCGAGUUUUCUUAUUUGUAUUAAGUUACGUAACGAUAGACGCCAGUAAGACGUGGCUACCUUGUUUAUAGAACAUA